AAAAAGCACCAACACGACGAUUCUCGACUCACCGAUUUCGAGACGGCGGUGACGAGUCCGGCCACAAAUGGACGAGUAUAACAAUGGCGACGAGGCGGUCUUCAAUGCCGACGAAGCCACGAACAACAUUAAAGAGUGCAUCGAGGGCGUCAUCGGCGGCAUGGACUACAGUCAAAGCAAAGUGAACCAGUGGAGCGCCGCCAUCGUGGAGCACUCUCUGACUCAGCUGGUCAAACAAGGUCGCCCCUUCAAGUACAUAGUUAACUGCACCGUCAUGCAGAAGAGCGGCGCCGGUCUGCACACGGCAAAUUCGUGCUACUGGGACAACACCGCGGAUGGAAGCUGCACAGUGCGAUGGGAGAACCGCACCAUGUACUGCGUGGUCAGCGUCUUUGCCGUCGCGAUAUAACGGCAGCGAAACCCCGUGACCGUCCGUCCGCCCCGGAAGCUUCCGGUAUUUCUCCCGUCGGUCGAACAUCCUGCCGCCGGAAGGGAAUCUCGUUUUCCAGGACGACGCCUGGAGGAGCUGACGCAAUGCGAAUUGAACACUUCAGCUCUUUUUCAUGCGUUUGCGACGUCUCCGUCGUUACGUUCCGACGUCGGCUUGCCUGCCCUUAACUGCGGAAAGAAAUGAGUUGUUUAUUUAUUAACUUGCAUAACUUGUUUGGUCCAAAUGUGUUCAAGAAGACAUCCUGAAUUGCAACGUUUUGUUCCAGAAUUAAAUGG